GACGAGGAGGACAGAGACGAGGACAGAGACAAGGAGGACAGACACAGAGACGAGGAGGACAAAGAGAGGGAGGUGAACCACAGCAGGAGGAGGUGAAACUCUCGAAGGCCAGUAAACGAAGAAAAAAGGAGAAAAGUAAGGAGACAAAACAAAAGGAGGUGAAAGACAAAAGAGAAGAAGUGCAACGACAAGAAGAGUGAAAAACAACGCAGAGGAAAAAGAAAGGAGGUGAAGAGAAGCGAAGCCAAAAGAGGAGUUCUGAAGAAGAAGAAGAAAGUUCACAAGAAGGAGAAGAAGAAGAAGAAGAAGAAGAAGAAGAAGAAGUAGAAGAGGAGGAGGAGGCGAGAGGAGACAAAGUGAGAAGAGGAAGCAAAAAGUCAGAGGAGAGGAGGUGAAGACAGAGAAGGAGGAGGAGAGGAGGAGGAGGAGGAGGAGGAGGAGAGGAAAGUGGAGCACAAAGAGGAGGAGAGGAGGAACAGCAGUGUGGUGAUGGAGGAGGACAUCAGGAAACAGGGGAUGAUCUACCUGCAGCAGCAGAGGUUUGGAAAGAAGUGGAAGCGUGUGUGGUGCGUCCUCUUCAGAGAGAGUUCCUGUUCGAUUUCCAGACUCGAGUUCUUCGAGUGUAAAGACGGAGCUGAGAAGAACCUCCGGAAACAGCAGGAGCACAAGAAGGUGAUCCGUCUGGCCGACUGUAUCCGGGUGACGGAGGUGGAGAUGGACGGAUGUCCCCGAGACACGGGACCGUUCCUGAUCGAGACCACCGACAAGAUCUACGUGUUCGCCGCCGACCGCCUGCAGCUGGACGACUGGACGCACAAACUGUGUGAGAUCGCCUUUCCUAUGAACUGGACUGAGCCGCGGGUGAAGAGAGGCAGCCUGCAGAGAGGACACACAGUGGACGAAGACGAAGAAUGGAGGACAACUCACUGUACAGUGGCAGAGAAACAGAUUGGUGGAUUGGCCCAUCCUUCACACCAGGCGGCUACAACACUGGCUGCUCCUAGUCUACAAAUCAAUUCUGGGAAUGACCCCUCGCUACCUCUCAAUCCUCUGCACAUUUCCGACAGCAAUCGCCGUUUAAGAUCCAGUGACUUCAUUAGGCUCAUCAUUCAAAGGUUCCUAUCAGACCGGUAUCAGACCGGUAUCAGACCCCCCCAGUAUCAGACCGUAUCAGACCGGUAUCAGACCCCCCUGAGGUGUGUUCGGAGGACGGAGGCGUCCGAUCGCUGCCGGCUGAAAGGAGACGGGUUCCUGCGGGCCGACGUCAACGCGCUCCACCUGCUGGACAAGACCGGAGACACCGUGUCCACCUGGCCGUACCGCUACCUGAGACGCUUCGGACGGGACAAGUCCACCUUCUCCUUCGAGGCCGGCCGGCGCUGCGACUCCGGCGAGGGCAACUUCGAGUUGACACCAAACAGGGGGAACUUCCUGUUUCAGGCCGUGGAAGCUGCCAUCAACCUGCAGCGGAUCUCCGUCCCCCAGAGGCAGCCCUCCGGGGGGGGACCGGUGAGUCCAGAGACCCCCCCCAGGACGGUGGAGGCUCGUCAGGCUGAUGAGUACCGCCUGGGCUCGUCUCGUCUGGAGCCUCCAGUCGAUAAAGUCCUGACGGGUGUGAAGAGUUUGACUCUGGACACUCGCGGCGUCCCCGUCCCCCGUAAGAACCAGGUCAAGAUGAUCUCCAGCUGCCCUCUGCCUCACGCCGAGCCCGGCCCAACCCGGCCCAGGGCGCCGGCGCCGCCCACAGCCCCGACCCUCACCUCAGCCCCAAGAUGAAGCUCCGGCCUGAACCCGCACCAGAUGUACUCCCAGAUCACGCUGCCGGCCGCCGCGGAGCGCGGCGCCAAGCGGGAGAAGAGAGGUGCCAGGCCCGCCCGCCGUCCGCCAGGAUCCCGAGUACCCCUCCCCUUCGACACCAUCGCCAACAACUUCAUGACCGACAUCCUGAACUCCCAUCAGGCUCACCGAGCCGAGUCCACCGCCGACCCGCUCUACGACAGCAUUGACGAGAUGAAGAUCAGAAACAUCUUCCCGAGCGACGCCGGCGUCAGGCCCGCGUACGGGAAGGUGGAACACAUCUACGACGAUCCUGAAGGCUACGCCGCCGCCGCCGCCGCCGCCGCCGCGCAGAAACCCCCCACCUCCCUGUACGACGAUCCCGAGGAUAUGAGAGGAGACGCCUGGAGGAUUAUGGGUACAGCCGCUGACCCUAAAGGUCACGAGUACCCCGUACAACCCGGUGUGGACGACUAUGCCGUGCCCAAACGAGCCAAGAGGGCACUUCCUGCUUACACAAAGCACCAACGAAGACGAAGAAGACGAGGAGGAGGAGGAGGAGCCACAGGAGGAAGAUCAGGGAGGAGCAGCAGGAUUCACCGUACAACAACGUGAAGGUGAAGAUGGUGUAGAAGAGACAGGAAGCAGCUGAAACUCCUGAAUCUGAUCCACCAUCUUUAGUCUGGACCCUAGACUGGAUUUAAAGAUGGCCGCUGCGUCUCCGCUUCCUCCCGCUGUACAGAAGUGAAGCCUAAAUAUCGGGAUACGGGGAGCUGCCAUCUUGAGAUCAUUUGGAACCAGAGUCUGCUCAGUAGUGAUCAUCGGGGGGGGUGGAGCCGCGGUAUCGAGGUCACCUGCUUCACUGAUGUGGGCCAUCUCUUUAUAGUCUAUAGUUUAUUAUUUAUAUAGUGUGGCGGCGUCGUAACUCGCCAACUCUCCUGUUUUUUCAUCACCCUCUCCCGGUUUCCUCCAGCGUCACACUUCUUCUGAUUUAUGGCACUUUUUUUCUUUCCGUAUCUCGUCCUGUUUCUGGAACUGAACGGUGUGUUUAAUCUCGACUGUUUCCACGCCGGACGACUAUAGAGCGACACCAACUGUCGUUUCCAGGGGGAAGGAGCAGUCUAUGCUCGCGACACCUACCGAAAAAACGUUCAGAGAAAUGUCGGAAAGAUGUCUGAAAAAUGUCAGAAAAAAGUCGGAGAAAUGCCGAAAAUGUAAAAAAAAAUGGCUGAAAAAAAAUUACGAGAAAUGUCCAACAAAUGCCGACAAUGGGCCGACAAAUGGCAGAAAAAAGUAAAGAAAUGUCCGAUAAAUGUCCACAAAUUUCCCAAAAUGUUCUAAAAAGAUAUUCCAAAAAAUUCCGUUCAGCGACAUCACGGGGAGCAGCGCCUGAAGUUGAGCUUUGCUCGAUGCAACGAAAAGCCACCGUGCCGCCGGCGCCUAGCCGACAGAAAUAACGUGUUUCAGAGGUCAGGAGGUGGCGUCGUCACGUUGUGUCUGAAAGGAGCUUCAGUGGUUGGCAAGUAUGGACGGUGUCCUCGUCCACGUCUCUGGAGGACGAUAACAUUACGUCAUUAGGACGUAAAUCCAACAGUUUCUGCUUCGCUUGUUUCUCCUGCUAACCAACUAACUAACUAACUACUGCUCCUAUUAUUAAACUAACGAACUAACUAACUAACUAACUAACUACUGCUCUUUGAAAACUAGUAUUCUCAAUAUCAUUUAAACAUUUAGUCUAUCAAAUGUUAUAAAAUGUCAGAAAAUCCCAGCUUCUCAGAGUCUGAGAUGACGUUGAGUUUGUCUCUGGAGGAGCUGACAGCAGAACUGGACCAGUGAGUCUUUUCUACUGGUCCUCUGACUGGUACCAGGUCUACUGUGGUACCAGGUCUACUGUGGUACCAGGUCUAGUGUGGUACCAGGUCUAGUGUGGUACCAGGUCUACUGUUGUACCAGGUCUAGUGUGGUACCAGGUCUAGUGUGGUACCAGGUCUACUGUAGUACCGGCUCUCAUACGGACUGGGACCAACAACCUUUUUUAUUAGAGAAAAUCUGAUCUGUGAAGAAAUAGUUUGUAUUUCCUGAAUGUGCAGCGAGCAGCUUCCUCCAGCAGAGAGCAGCACAGCUUUAUUAUUAAUGUAGGAGAGAACAACGAUAUCAUCAUCAUCACCACCAUCAUCAUCAUCAUCAUCAUCAUCAUCGUCAUCAUCAUCACCAUCAUCAUCACCAUCAGACUGAAGUUGGCUCAAACUAAAUAUUCUAGAUAUAAAUAUAAAUAUAAAUAUAAAUAUUGGUAAAUCAAACAUAACGUGCGUUUGUGUGCAGAUGUUUUCUGUGUUGAGCCUUUUAAUCUGAAAUAAAUCCUCAUUUAUGAUUUAUUA